CUUCGAUAAGCAAACGGGCUCCUUCUGAGAGGAUCAAGGGGGCGCUGACCGUCCGCAUCUUCAGGCGCCCCCAUAGGACGACGGGAAGGCACCCGCGUGACAAGAAGCACCCCAGCAAGCGCAUUUCCAUCCCGCGCACUGCAGCCCUGCAGCACUGCGAACACCACCGCGCUUGCCUCCUCGACCUUUUCGCUGUUUCCAUCGGCCAUUCUGCUCAUUCUUCAUUCUUUAUUCCCAACCCUCCACUCUGAAUCUCCCCCCUUUCCUAUUCCACUCCGCCCUCCUACCCUCUCUCACUCAGGAACCUAAAACAAACAGGGCCGCCCACCGAUGCGUUUCCUCUCCCAGGCUGAAGGGCGUAGACGAAUGAGUUGCGCCGGCCUCCGCAUGUCGUCGCUCAUGUGCAUGGCACUCUCGCUGGCCGCGACCAUCACCUCUGCCUUACCUCAGUCGUACCAUGCCUCCCCUAAAGACGGCUGGUUGAACCUUACGGUGAUCCACACGAACGACGUCCACUCGCGCGUUGAUCCCGCCAAUGACUUUGGUGUCAGCUGCUCGAGCCAGGACAUUGCUACGGGCCAUUGCUACGGAGGCACUGCGCGGCACAAGACGGUCAUUGAGCGCCUGCGCGGAUCGAACAAGCACUCUUUGCUCCUCGACGGCGGAGACGAGUUCCAGGGCACGCUUUUCUACACAUACUAUAAGGGAAAUGUCACUGCCGAGGUGAUGAAUGAGCUGGGAUACGAUCUCGGAACUAUUGGCAACCACGAGUGGGAUAAUGGUCCCGAAAACCUAGGACGAUACUGGCCAAAGCUCAAGUUCCCAAUCGUGUGCGCUAAUGUGGAUCUUGAAAAGUACCCAGAACUCGAAAAGUGGGUCAAACCAUACCAUAUUUUUGAGGACCUUGGCAUCGCUGUCAUUGGAUACAUUACCAAUACCACAGGCGAUAUCUCUAAUGCUGGACCUAACAUCGCGUUCACGGACCCGAUCCCUGCGGUCCAAAAGUACGUCGACGAGCUGGAGGCCAAGGGAAUCAAGCGCAUUUUCGGACUGUCGCACAAUGGAUAUGGACCCGAUAUGGAAUUGGCUGCCAACACGCACGGCAUCGAUCUCAUCGUCGGAGGUCAUAGUCACUCGUAUCUCGGAGAUCCCGCGAACCCGCUUUAUGAGGGACCCUAUCCAACCGUGAUCAAAAACUUAAAGGGCGAAAACACUCUCAUUGUCCAGGCAUUUUGCUGGGGCAGAUAUAUUGGCCAUCUGGACGUGGUCUUCAACCCAGAGGGCACGAUCGUCAGCUGGGAAGGUGCUCCUAUUCUGGUUGAGAACUCCAUUCCUGCAGAUGAUCGUCUCCUGGAUCGAAUCGAUGGCUGGCGCAAAGAAUUUGAGGAAUGGGGUCAGACCGUCCUUGGAGUAGCCACAGAUGCUUUUGAUCAGAACAGCUGCAAGCAACGCGAGUGCACGAUGGGCAACUUGGUGGCAGACGCGAUGCUGGAACAUGCACGAACGCCCAUCUAUGCCACUGCAGCCAUCGAAGAGGAUGCAGAAGACAAGGGGAGCGUUCGCCCCUGGACAGAUCUGGCGUUUAUCAACAGUGGAGGUAUCCGAUCGGGUCUGCCUGCUGGAAACGUGACGAUUGAAAUGAUCAUGACGACCUCUCCCUUCGGCAAUGGUCUAGUGCAGACACAGAUGACGGGCGAGGAAAUCCUAAGCAUGCUGGAGGCAGUCUCUGCGGGGAGGUACAAGAAGAGCCAGAAGCAGGUCACAUCCAACAUCCAGGUCAGCGGAUUGCGAUACAUGUUUGAUUCAUCGCGUCCUCUGGAGGAGCCACAUUUGAUCAAGGCCGAGGUGCAGGGAUAUGACAAGGAGUGGCGUGAGAUUAAGAAGAGAAAGUUGUACUGGGUGGUCACCCUGGAUUUUCUCUUGACAGGAGGCGAUAAUAUUUUGGAGCGCAAAGAAGGGCGAAGGGAGAUCAAGCUGGGGCUACUAGAUAGCGUCCUGAUGGACUACAUUGAGAACCGGGGCAGGAUCAGCCCGUACCUUGAUGGACGGAUCAGGAACGUUGCUUCUGGAACGGACGAAGAGGACGAAUGGACUGGCAAUAACGCCAAGCGGUUCAAGAUUCCACCGGUCUGGCCUGUUGCAGCUCCAGAGCACCUCAAGACCAAAUACCCGGGAGGUGUCGAGGAGAUGCUGAGGGACUACAUCCGACUUCGGGAGGCAAGAUCAGAGCACAGGGUUCCAAUGAAGCCAAUGUUCGAGGACCUGGAGUCCAAGCAGGAGGUCUGGGCAUAAGGAGGGCCAAUUUCAGUAUGCUUCAACCAGGAUAUAUAGAUCAUCGAAAAAUAAACCAGAUGUCUU